AGGGGCGGGGCUGGAGGUUUCCGGCGCCGCCGCGCAGACGUGUCCGGGCGGGCCUGCGGAGCCAGGCGCUGCCCCCUGCUCGGCCGGGGCCGGUGGCGCUGCCGCCGCCAUGUCCGGCACCACCAGCCCAGAGGCGGUGAAGAAGCUGCUGGAAAACAUGCAGGGCGACCUGCGCGGCCUCAGCCUCGAGUGCCGCAAGAAAUUCCCGCCCGUCAAGGAGGCUGCUGAAUCAGGAAUAAUAAAAGUUAAAACAAUAGCUGCACGAAACACCGAUGUUCUGGCAGCAUUGAAAGAGAACAGCUCAGAGGUAGUUCAGCCCUUUCUAAUGGGUUGUGGAACAAAGGAACCAAAGAUCACACAGCUGUGUCUAGCAGCCAUACAGAGACUCAUGUCACAUGAAGUUGUUUCAGAGGCUGCAGCUGGGAAUAUUAUUAAUAUGCUUUGGCAGCUGAUGGAAAAUAGUCUUGAAGAACUCAAAUUACUUCAGACAGUUCUUGUGCUUCUAACAACAAAUACUGUUGUGCAUGAUGAAGUACUGUCCAAGGCAAUUGUCCUUUGUUUUCGACUGCACUUCACAAAAGAUAAUAUCACAAAUAACACAGCUGCAGCUACAGUGCGACAAGUAGUUACUGUUGUUUUUGAGAGAGUGGUUGCCGAAGAUGAACGAUACAAAGAUGUUACCGAACAGCCAGCGACAGUUCAAGGAAACAGUAACAGAAGAUCAGUCAGUACCCUGAAACCAUGUGCUAAAGAUGCUUAUAUGCUUUUUCAGGAUCUUUGCCAGCUGGUUAAUGCUGAUGCUCCCUACUGGUUAGUGGGUAUGACGGAAAUGACUCGGACAUUUGGCCUUGAACUUCUUGAGUCUGUACUCAAUGAUUUUCCACAAGUGUUUUUACAACAUCAAGAAUUUAGUUUCCUUCUUAAAGAGAGAGUUUGUCCUCUUGUGAUAAAGCUCUUCUCCCCAAAUAUCAAAUUUAGACAGGGUUCCAGCUCAUCAUCUUCCCCAGCUCCUGUGGAGAAACCAUAUUUUCCUAUCUGCAUGCGCCUGCUGAGAGUAGUUUCUGUUUUGAUCAAGCAGUUUUACAGUUUGCUGGUAACAGAAUGUGAGAUCUUUCUGUCACUGUUAGUAAAGUUUCUGGAUGCAGACAAACCACAGUGGCUAAGAGCUGUUGCAGUAGAAUCUAUCCACAGGCUGUGUGUGCAGCCUCAGCUUUUAAGAUCAUUUUGUCAGUUCUAUGAUAUGAAGCAACAUUCUACCAAGGUUUUCCGUGAUAUUGUGAAUGCACUGGGAUCAUUCAUUCAGUCAUUGUUCCUUGUACCAAAUACGGGGAAUACAUCAGCUACAACGAAUCAGACAGGAGGCAAUACACCUGGUGGGACUGCCUCAGCACAGACCAACCCAGGAAUACUGGGAAUGGGUGGAGGUGCAACUGUAUUACCUGCAUUUGAAUAUAGAGGUACCUGGAUACCGAUCCUUAAUGUAACAGUCCAGGGCAGUGCUAAAGCUACCUACCUAGAAAUGCUGGACAAGGUCGAGCCACCUACUAUUCCUGAAGGUUAUGCCAUGUCCGUGGCAUUCCACUGUUUGCUUGAUCUUGUUCGAGGUAUCACUACCAUGAUUGAAGGGGAGUUGGGACAGGCUGAAACAGAUGGUCAGACUAUGGCUGAAACAACUUCAUCACCAGCACAAUCUUCAGACCAGCAGUCGGUAUCUGACCAAACUGACAAGGAGCUAGUUAGCAGAGCUGUCUGGGAAGAAAUGGUGAAUGCAUGUUGGUGUGGCCUUCUAGCUGCACUGUCGCUGCUUCUUGAUGCCAGCACGGAUGAAGCUGCCACAGAAAAUAUUUUAAAAGCAGAACUGACCAUGGCUGCACUUUGCGGAAGACUGGGUCUUGUAACCUCAAGAGAUGCCUUUAUCACUGCCAUUUGCAAAGGCUCCUUGCCUCCUCAUUAUGCUCUGACUGUACUGAACAGCACAACUGCAGCUCUUUCCAAUAAAACAUAUUCCAUUCAGGGGCAGAAUGUUCAGAUGAUCAGUCCAUCAAGUGAGUCUCACCAGCAAGUUGUAGCAGUUGGACAACCACUUGCUCUGCAGCCACAGGGAACAGUAAUGCUGACUUCAAAAAAUAUCCAGUGCAUGAGGACAUUGCUUAACUUGGCUCACUGCCAUGGAGCUGUUCUUGGUACAUCAUGGCAACUAGCCCUGGCUACUCUCCAGCAUCUUGUUUGGAUUCUGGGAUUAAAACCUGGUGUUGGGGGUGCCUUAAAACCAGGAAGAGCUGUAGAAGGACCCAGCACAGUUCUAACUACUGCAGUUAUGACUGAUCUGCCAGUUAUAUCCAACAUACUUUCAAGACUAUUUGAAAGUUCACAGUACCUUGAUGAUGUGUCUUUACAUCAUUUAAUAAAUGCCCUUUGCUCCUUGUCUCUGGAAGCCAUGGAUAUGGCGUAUGGAAAUAAUAAGGAACCAUCUCUUUUUGCUGUUGCUAAAUUGUUGGAAACAGGAUUAGUUAACAUGCACAGGAUUGAGAUUCUGUGGAGACCUCUGACUGGUCACCUCCUGGAGGUCUGUCAACAUCCGAACUCCAGAAUGAGGGAAUGGGGAGCAGAAGCAUUAACUUCUCUCAUUAAAGCAGGGCUGACAUUUAACCAUGACCCUCCAUUAUCACAAAAUCAGAGGCUCCAAUUGCUUUUGUUAAAUCCAUUGAAGGAACUGUCAAAUAUUAACCAUCCUGAUAUUAGGAUCAAGCAGCUGGAGUGUGUAUUACAGAUUUUGCAAAGCCAGGGUGACAGUCUAGGACCAGGCUGGCCAUUAGUGCUUGGAGUCAUGGGAGCAAUCAGAAGUGAUCAAGGAGAGUCCUUAAUACGGACUGCAUUCCAGUGUCUUCAGUUGGUUGUGACAGAUUUUCUACCAACAAUGCCGUGCACUUGCCUACAGAUAGUUGUUGAAGUUGCAGGAAGCUUUGGACUUCACAAUCAAGAGCUAAACAUUAGCUUAACUUCAAUUGGUUUGUUGUGGAAUAUUUCAGACUAUUUUUUCCAACGAGGUGAGAUCAUUGAAAAGGAACUGAACAAAGAGGAAGCAGUAUUGCAAAAGCAAGCAGAAGAGAAGGGAGUGAUGUUAAAUCGUCCUUUCCACCCUGCACCACCAUUUGACUGCCUUUGGUUAUGCCUGUAUGCCAAGUUGGGGGAACUCUGUGUAGAUCCACGACCAGCAGUUAGAAAGAGUGCUGGACAGACAUUAUUUUCUACAAUUGGUGCUCAUGGAACUUUACUCCAACAUUCAACAUGGCACACAGUUAUAUGGAAGGUUCUGUUUCAUUUGUUGGAUCGUGUUCGAGAGUCUUCCACUACAGCUGACAAAGAGAAAAUUGAAUCAGGAGGGGGCAAUAUCCUCAUUCAUCAUUCCAGGGAUACAGCAGAGAAACAAUGGGCAGAGACAUGGGUAUUAACUUUGGCUGGUGUUGCAAGAAUAUUCAACACAAGGAGAUACUUAUUGCAGCCUUUAGGAGACUUUUCCAAAGCCUGGGAUGUUCUUCUUGAUCACAUCCAGUCAGCAGCCCUCAGCAAAAAUAAUGAAGUUUCUUUGGCUGCUCUGAAAAGUUUUCAGGAAAUUUUACAGAUUGUUUCCCCUGUUCGAGACUCAGAGAAACCUGAUACACCACCUGCUAUUAACGUUUCUGUACCUGUUGUCAUAGGGGCAAUGACUGCUACUAGUCUGGGCAGAUCAUUCAUGAGAACUGACUCCAUAGGAGAAAGAAUUGGAAGAUAUAAUGCAUCUGAGCCACCUAUAAUAACAGAUGAAAUAGAGGAUUUGAAUCUUUGGUGGGCUGCUUGGAACACCUGGUAUAGGAUUGGCUCCGAAAGUACAAAGCCUCCAAUUACUUGCGAUAAAUUGACCUUCAUCCCCAGCCAGCCUUUUCUCACAGCUUUAAUUCAGAUAUUCCCAGCUCUAUACCAGCACAUCAAAACUGGUUUCAGCAUGGAUGAUCUCCAAAAGCUGGGUGUCAUUUUACAUGGUGCUGUUUCAGUUCCUAUCAGUUCUGAUGCCUCCCCUUUCAUCCUUCCAUCUUACACCGAAGCAGUUUUGACAAGUUUACAAGAAGCGGUACUUACGGCUUUAGAUGUCCUACAGAAGGCCAUAUGUGUAGGUUCAGAAAAUAUGCAGAUAAUGUAUCCAGCAAUCUUUGACCAGCUACUAGCUUUUGUAGAAUUCUCCUGUAAGCCUCCACAGUAUGGGCAGCUGGAAACGAAACACAUUGCAAAUGCAAAAUAUAAUCAGAUACAACUAUUUGCACCGGCAGAAUGGGUAGCAUUGAAUUAUGUACCAUUUGCUGAGAGGUCUUUGGAAGUUGUAGUGGAUUUAUACCAAAAGACUGCUUGCCACAAAGCUGUUGUAAAUGAGAAAGUUCUUCAGAACAUUAUUAAGACAUUGAGGAUACCUCUAAGUCUGAAGUAUUCCUGUCCAUCUGAAAGCACAUGGAAGCUGGCAGUAUCUUCUCUUCUUAAAGUUCUUUCUAUUGGACUACCAGUUGCAAGGCAGCAUGCAUCUUCUGGAAAAUUUGACAGUAUGUGGCCAGAACUAGCUAACACUUUUGAAGACUUUUUGUUCACCAAAAGUAUACCUCCAGAUAAUCUCUCUAUUCAAGAGUUCCAGAGAAAUGAAAGUAUUGAUGUUGAGGUUGUGCAACUUAUCAGUACAGAGAUACUGCCAUAUGCUAAUUUUAUUCCCAAGGAAUUUGUUGGUCAGAUAAUGACUAUGCUUAAUAAAGGCUCAAUACAUUCUCAGUCAUCCUCAUUUACAGAAGCAGAAAUAGAUAUUCGAAUGAGAGAGGAAUUUUCUAAGAUAUGCUUUGAAACUCUGCUUCAGUUUUCAUUCAGUAAUAAAGUCGCAACUCCUCAGGAAGGCUACAUCUCUAGAAUGGCACUCUCUGUACUUCUGAAAAGAUCACAAGAUGUACUGCAUCGUUACAUAGAAGAUGAAAGAUUAAGUGGCAAAUGUCCUCUUCCACGGCAACAAGUAACAGAAAUCAUAUUUGUUUUAAAAGCUGUCAGUACACUCAUAGAUUCACUUAAGAAAACUCAGCCUGAAAAUGUUGAUGCUAACACCUGGGCACAAGUUAUUGCUUUGUAUCCAACUUUAGUAGAAUGUAUCAGCUGUUCAUCAUCAGAAGUUUGUUCUGCUCUCAAAGAAGCACUAGUUCCCUUUAAGGACUUCAUGCAUCCACCAGCAUCCAAGGUACAAAAUGGAGAGUCUUGACCAGAUAAAACUUUCUUUUAUUUUUGAAGGAAAAAAUAUCCCAAAAAUAUUUGUUUCCAAGAGAGGCUUCUCUGAGGAUAUCUCUUGUGACUAGUACAUGGCAACCAGUGUUGACUGCCUUUUAACUACUAACAAGAGCUCAGUAAUUCAUGAAUUCAUACAAGCUUGUAUCUCAAAGGUGCCAGAGUGAGUAGCAGUGCAAGCCUUUAAUAAAUUUAAUUGACUAGGGUGGAAUCAAUUAUAAUCUAAUGUACUAGCUACAGUAUCUUGAAGUGGUGACUGAAAAGUGGGCUUAUGUACAGCUUGUUGUGUAUGUGUUAAUGAUGUAAUUAAAAAAAAAAAGUAUUUCAAUUCAGUCAGAUUUAUUGGGCUGGUGUUUUGCACCCUUUUUUGAAGUACGGAAUUGUAUUAAAAUUUUAUGCAAGAUGGUACUGUAACAUUCCAUAUUAUCUGUAACCAGCCUUUGUAAACAAAGGGAACUGAUACACGUGUGUAUAAUAAAUGGUACAGUUCUGUAUAAAAUAGUUGCAUUUAUUAUUUAAAUUCUUUUUAAAAUAUUGAUAAUGUUAAAUGCUUGAUGAUGUAUUUAUUAUGAAUAAGUUAUAUGCUUGCAUUUUUACUUACAAUUUGCCUUCUUAAUUGGCAGAUAUGCUUAUUCAUAUCUGAUCAUGCCGUUAAUUUUUUUUUGCUUAUUUGAAUGUAUCUUAUCUGUGGCCGUUGGACAUCUCAACAAAGAGGUCAUAUGACAGAAGACAGCAGCAAACAGUCAACAAUCUGCUGAUUUCAAACUUUAAAGUUUCAACCUGAAAUGAGUUUGAAUGUGCAGAAAUACACUGUAGUGUAAUCCAACUUUCUACAGUACCUCACUUCACAAAGUACUUGUUUCAGUGUAUUCAUUUUACUUGCGUCUACUCAUUUUUGUAGUUGCUGUCUUGCUUGAAAAGAACAAUUUGUAUUUGGGAUUUAUAUCCCUUUUUGUCCAUAAUGGCAAUUGUCACUGUCUUUGAAUUAUGACCCAGGAAAGGUGAUUUGAAAUAUCUCAAAUAUUUGGCUGUAAAAUUUUUUUGUUCAAUAAUCAUAAGCUCUUUGUUUUGUAAUGUCUUUUCAACCCAAACAAUAAUUGUUCUAACCUUUAAGUAUAAAAUGUGUGUGAUAAAACCAUGGGAAGUGUGUUUUUGAAGAUAGUUAUUCAUUAGAAGUGCAGUAAACUUUCUGUCAUGAAGUAAAUGAGAUCUUUGUUUCCCUUUCAUGAACUGCAUAACUUAAGUAAAACAUCUGAGUAGCUGUAGUCUUGUUAAAGCUAAGCCAUGAAAUAGCAUACUAUUUGUAUAUAAUUGUUAUUUGAGUAGUAAUUCACCUGUAUGUUGAUGUUUAUGACCAUUGAUGUGAAAGCACAAAGGCAAAGCUUUUAAAAAAUAGGAGUCUAAAGUUUUUAGCUUCUAAAUUCACAGCUAGGCUCUUGCCUGCUUUUCCAAGUACUGUAUUCCAAACAGUUACUUUGGAAGUCAUAUGAGAUUAUUAGGAGCUGUUAUAAUCAGAAGUUAGAAAAAAUCAAAUAGGUGCCUUUAUAUGGACUUCAGAGUUCAAUGGUAGAUUUCCAUUCUUUAAAACGUUAUGCUGAUAUUAAAAGUAAUGAUCAUGCAUAAUACUAACACUCUUCAGUUUGCUUUAGAUUUGUGUAGGAUAAAGGGAUAUCCACUGGUUCAUGUGAACAGAUGCAAAUUUAUAGAGGGUGCUAGUGGUGUGCGUGUUGGAGGAUGAAUUGACCAGAGUUAGAGCUCCUGGAUUUAUAUAAUGCUAGCUAGUGCUGUUACUCCAUAUUAUGCUUAUUUUAAAAAGCAAGGGAACUUUUUUCUCUAUAUUUUAAACCACAUUAAAUACACAGUGAGCUUUAAGACUCUGUGUACUCUUUUAUGAAUGUUAUAUGGAACUCUAUCCUCAAUCUUGGAUAAAACUGUUUCUAGCCCAGUUUUAGAGAACACAAAAUUUGUACUAGGAAGCCAAAUGCUAGCUGAAUUAAGUUUGAGGAGCAUAUUGCAAUGAUUUAGGACUAGUCUGUACCACAGCAAUGGUACUAUGUCCUGGGGUUGAGCAUACCCCACCUUCCUUAGUCUGCUGAUCUGCUCCAAGACUAGAAGUUUGCCAGUCAGGCUGCUCCUGUCUCAUCGCCAGUUCUCACUCUUGAACUCUUGAGUUUCUGGCUGGCCCGAGAGGAGAUGGUGUGAGCAAUGAGUCAGAGCAGCUUUUCUUGUGAACUCCCCAGCUCCUGCGGUUUCUCAGAUGACUCGGGUAGGCUGGACAUGGACAAAGCAUGCUCAGCCCUGAACUCUCUAAGAGUGGCCACUGACAUGGUAUGGACAAGCCUUUAAUGUCAGUUUUAAGAUAACAAAUGUAUCUUUUUUAGAAGCAGUUCCAAAAUAUAAUACAGGAGCCUUUAUGCAACUGAACAUCUGUUAUCAGUUCUCUAACGGUGAAAAUUUAAAAACAACUGUGAUGCCAAAAAGCAACAGGGUUUGGGGAUCAGAUAGUGUUGCCAUCCAUGAAAGAAGGAUCAUGGCCCAUAAUGAUGUAGGGGGAAAAAAAAUAAGAAUUGGAGAAUGGUAGCCCCUUCGUCUUAUUUAGAAUGUACCAUCUUAGCUUACAUUAUUAGGGAGGCAACAUAUACAUGUGAGCACAUUAUAUUUAGCUGUUUGUUUUUUUUAAUUUGGGAAAUCAGGCUAAAGGUACAAUUACCUCACUAAUGUACAUGCUCAUUUUAGUUGAGUGAAGAUCCUUCAGCUUUGGUCUUUACCAGACAUCUUAUGUUUAUAUUUAUUUCUGCUUCUAGAACUUUUAAUGUACUUUUAUCAUCUGCAGACACACACCUUUUAAAAACUACAAAAAGCAGUCUUCUACCAUUUGUUCAUUUAUCAUCCCUUUAGUUAUUAAAUGAAUGAUAUAGCUUUGUACAUCUGGAAUUUGCCUUACAGCUGACAUUUGAAUCUAUAUGGCCAUCGUUUCCUAUUUCAUGUAAAUUACUAGCAUAUCAGAGCUAAUAAAACAUGCAUUUAAUUUGGAAGAGAGCUUUUCUACUGGCUAGUUUCUCUUGAUGAGAAUCUUAGUCUGAUUAUAGUAUCUACCUGCUUACCAUCUGAAGUCUUUCUUUUCUCUGUUGAGAUUUCUUACUGUCUAAUAUUUGUCCAUCGUUGCACAGCUUUCUCAAAUUUGAUCAAAAUACAAAUUUUCAACCUCAUAGCAAGAGAGUCUAUGUAUUUUUCUUCUAAAGAAAACUAGGAAAAAUUUAGACCUUGAAUCUGCAAGCAUCAUGCAUGUGUUUUAACUUUACAUACGUGAGUAAUAUGAAUACUUGACUUGAGUAAUAUGUGAAAUGUUUACAAGAUUGAGGUUUCCACUGUGUUGCUGAAAGCAGCUAAAGGAGAACUUGAUGAUCUCCCUCAGACUGCAAAUGACUAUAAGGAGAUGCAUCUUCCACAAGCUCUGAAAUAAAAUAAAAAAUAUUGGGAGCCAGAAAUGAAAAUGUACUGGUCCUGAUGGCUGCGGUAAAAUAUCCAGAGGUCAAAAAAAAACCCGCAGAGAAAAAAAGUGGAACAGCGUGCUGCUCAAAAGUGGAGCCUGGUUUGCUGGAGCCAUGUUGCAGCUGCCGGUAAGAUUCUGCACAGCAGAACUAUUGCUGCUGCAGACCCAGGAGGCCCCCAGGACCCUAAGUAAGGCUGCUGGGGCCAGCCCAGUGCUGACCCCAGCCUCCCCUUCCACCCUAAGGGUAACUUGCUUCAUGCCAGAGGGCGUUUGGCAGGGGCAUUCCCUGGCAACAACCAGCGGUGGCGCAAGGUGCACCACCACUAGUUGUCCCCAGGGAACCAAACAUCCACACCACGUGGAUGAGGCAUAGGUGCCCAAGUGGGAUUCUGUUCCACCCUUUUCAAGUCCUUGAAAAAUAGUUUAUGCAAAAGACGAGUGGGUCCUCUUCCUCCUCAAUGGCUUUUUUUGUGUCUCAGUCAUAAGGAUAAAGUGUUACGAAGUAGGUACAUUGAUGAUUUUUAGAGACUUGAACAGGAUUGAACUGAAUUACAAAGUUCACUGAAGAUGUUAAUUUAGAUAAAAUAGAAGUUGGUACCUAGGGUAUCUUUUAUUUGAUCACCCUAAUGUUGAUGUUAUUUUUUGUUAAUUUUAUUACAGACUCUGUAAUGGACACUCAGGUUGUUCCUGAGGUGACCUACCAUUAACAACAGUUUUGUUGUCCUUCUCCUUUAUUACCCUACUAACUUUUUUGCCUUCUGGUAAUGUCAAUAUCUUGCAAUAUCCAAGCUAUCCAUAGCAUAGUUCUGCAGUACAUGGAAUUUAGCUGCUAGAGUAUUUGAUAUAAUUUAAGUUCUUCAUGUUUUUGACAGAGGAAGAAAAAAAUCAGUAUUCCUGUUCCACUGCAUGAAGUGUGUCUUCGUGCAUUACUGAACUGUUAAACAAAAUUAAAUGUAACAAGGAAGUUUCAAACAAUAACUUUAAGCAAAUUUCUUCUGUUUUCUUACCCUCUAAAAAAUUGUACUUGCUGCAUAGACCAUCUGCCAUUUUACCCUGUUUAUAUUCCUGUCUACUUAGGUUAAUCUAUAAAUAAGGAGCACAAAUUAUUGUUUAUUCUUCUUGGAAAUAAGACUUUGGCAAUUUACAUAAAAUAAUUGCUUGUAAGAAGAAACCAGAAUAAUAAAAAGAAUAGUAUUCAAGUAAUCCAUGUUUUAAAACGCAAUAUGGCUUUUCCCCAGUUUAUGCAGUAAAAUGCAAAGGUAAUCGGGUACAUAUAUGAAAAUAUUUUUAGUAAAAGUGUACUGAUACAUCAGUCUGAUAUCGGAUCAGCACUGACAUAAAAAAAAUUGACUAUAUCGGAAAUCACCCAGAUGUGGCCGAUUUUAAUUUGGCCAGUAAAUGCCCGUGCAUGUGUAUAGCCACAGCGCAGCAUGCAGGCAGCAAAGAGCACAGCUUGGCAGCUUGGAGAGCUGUGUGCAGCUGGUAAGUCUGUUGUGGUGGAAUGGGAAGAGGGAAGAAAGGGGCAUGGGAGGGCAGAUCAAGGCCCCCGUGGUGAGGGAGGGAGUGGGGCUGGGGGGUGGGGUAGGCGCUGCCCAGCCGGGGGCAAGGCAUGGGACGGAGCCACGGCUCCUCUGGGGGGCACGGGGAGGAGUGGCUCCUGUUGCUGCAUGCACCCUGGGAGGGCACAGGGGGCAUGUGCCCCCCAGAUCUGUGCAGGGCAGGGUAGGCUGCAGCUGGGGCCGGGGACCUUGCCGGGCUCUUCCCAGGUCUGGGCCAUGCUGUGCUUGGGGUGAGCGGUGGCACUGGAAGGGGGCUACAGUGCGGGGCUGCAGCCACCCCAAAUUUUGUUGUAGCCCCCCAUAGACCUCCCAGCACUUCCGCCACCCUCCUCAGCUGCAGCCUGCCCUGUCCCUUGCAGAUCUGGGGGGCACAUACCCCACCCCACCAUGCCCUCCUGGUGUCUGUGCAGCAGUGGGAGCUGCUCCCCCUUACCACGCCCCCCAGAUGAGCUGCUGCUCCAUCCUGCACCCUGCCCCACCCUGCCUCGGCUGGGCAGCACCUAUCCCAGCCCCACUCCCUCCCUCAACAUGGUGGGCAUUGAUCUGCCCCCCCCCGCCCUUUCCCUCCACCUUCCCUUUCCAUCACAACAGACUUACCAGCUGGAUGCAGCUGUAUUAGAAAUCGGAUUGAUAUUGGCUGAUAUGCCUCCUUUAAAAAUUGGCUAUUGGUCCCAAAAAUUUCUAUUGGUGCACCCCUAAUUUUUAGUAGUGUUCCAAUAGAUGAGUAGGAUUUUAUUGUAGGACUGAAUCUUUUCUGCAAGUGUGCGUAUAUUGGAGGCAGGAUGAAUCAGUCAUGACCAAUAUCCACAGAGCAGUUAUUCACAGAGCAGUUUACUUUUAUAAAUUUGGUAUACAGCUUUUCAGUUCUUAAGGAGUAAUUUUUAAACUUCAAAGGCGUUUACAUUGAAAAGUAUUUUUGUUUCCAUUAUGCUUUAUUUUGUUUGCAGGCUUCUUCAUAUGGCUACACUCAUUGUUAAGAGACUCAAAACCAUGCUGUAUGUUUGUGGCAUAAUUAAGGAUUAUUUUGUGAAAAUAUUAUAUGUCAAAAGUGAUGGGAAAAAUCAGCAAAAGCAUGAACGUUGUCUGAAUAUGCCAUCUGUAAUUGAUGCUAGGUUGUCAUUGAGAAAAAAUUAUAUAUUACAUAGAUUUUGAGACCAUUUCCAACUUCUACAGUUGUAACAUAAUAGUGUUUUAUUGUGUGUUACUCUGCCAAGAAGGAAACAAUCCAAUGAAUAAGUAACACGGCUAGUAGCCUUUUCUUUAUUCAAACAGAAACAGUGACCUACUGUUCUUGAGUUACGAAAGUUUAGUUGUACAAAACAGUUUUAGUCUGAAGCUUUUACCACAAGACAUUCCUGGCAAUACGUUUUUGUCUCCCAAGAUCAAUUACUGUCUAGCAAGGGUGUCAGACCUAACUCUGCUCAUGGACAUAGUUUUAGCUUAGCCUUUUAAGUGCCUUACUUGUAGGUGGCUAAUAAAGUUUAUUGUUUACAGCCACUUAUAAAUGCUUUUACACUUCCUAAUGUGUUUUGUCUAAACAGUUUGCAGAUUGGUUAGGAAACUGGAAUACUGUAACAACCAUGUAUCAUGCUGACUAAUCUCGUCUCAUUGUUACCUUGUGCUCAUUUGUCUUUGUCUGCAUCUAUCUAUUGUGUCUCAUCUUUUAUAAUUAGAUUGUAAGCUCUUUGGGGCAGGAACCACCUUUGUUGUAUAUGUACAAUGCCUCUCUCAGUGGGGCCCCUGAUUAGGGCCUACAGGCACAAAUAAAUGAUGAUGAUGAUGUA